AUGAAGGCAACUACGAUUCUUCCCUUGAUGGCCGCCUUUGUGGCUGGUGUCUCUGCUCGGGCUCCCGUCACCCUCAAUUUGACCGGCCAUAUCGAUGCCUCCCAGGUCAUGUCCUUCGUCUAUGUUCCGUUCCAAGUGGAGCCCGAGACCACCUCGGUCUAUGUCCUGCAGAACUACUCCCUCAAGGGCCAGGGUAACGCCCUGGACCUGGGUGUUUUCGACCAGCGUGGAUACCAGCUGAUGAAUGGUGUCAACGACAACUUCGGAUCUCGCGGAUGGUCUGGCGGUUUCCGCAAUAACUUCACCAUCACUCCCACCUGGGCCACUCCUGGCUAUAACCCCGGUGCCAUCGAGCCCGGUACCUGGAACGUCGUUCUGGGUCCCUACAACUCUGUUCCCGCGGGAAUCGACUGGCAAUUGCAGAUUGUCAUGGGCUUCGACCCCGUCGACACUUACUUCUCUCCCACUUUUGCCCAGGUCGACUUUGAUACCAUCGGUCAGUUUGAACAGCAGGAAUGGCUGCGGGGUGACUUCCACAUGCACACGGUCUAUUCUGAUGGCAAAUAUACACCGGAUGAGCAAAUCCAACAUGCCGUGGCUCAAAACCUCAACUUCAUCUUCUUCUCCGACCACAACACCGAUACUAGCAACAACAUCAUCGGCGCUUACCAGCAGGCCUUUGCCCCGGAUCUCUUGAUCUGCCGCGCCAUCGAGGUUACUACCCGCCACGGCCAUUGGCAAGCUGCCGGUCUCGACCGUGAGCAGCUCAUCGAUUGGCGUUACCAGGACGUCGCCGGCUUCGUCGAUGCUACUAAGCAAGUUCACCGCGCCGGUGGCUUCGUUUCCGUCAACCACCCGUUCGCCGCCUGCCCGGCGUGCAACUGGGGCUUCGAUGACUGGGACCACAACGAUGCUAUCGAAGUCUGGAAUGCCAACUUUGAUUCUACCGAUCAACAGUCUAUCCAGAAGUGGCACGAGCUCCUCGUUGCUGGAAAGUACACUGCUGCCAUUGGUGGUAGUGACUCUCAUUCUCCACCUUCCAUGAACGGUGUCCCCACCACCGUUGUCAACGCUCGCGGUCGCAAGCAAUCUGCCAUUGUCGCUGCUGUCAAGAAUGCCCGCGCUUAUAUCGUCGAGGGCCCUGGAAAGUCGAUGUCGUUCAACGUCAAUGUGCAGAACAACGUUGCUCAGAUUGGUGACAAGGUUCACGGGAGCUCUGCUGGUGCCCAGGCUUUCCUUACCGUUGAGGGUAUGAGUGGCCAAAAGGCUUGCUUCAUCUCUGAUAAGGGUUACUUCUAUAACACCACUAUCACGGAUGGCCAGGCCCUCCGCCACCAGCUCCCUGCUGGCCUCAAGUUUGUGAGAGUGGAGGUCCGGAACGUCACUGACGAUUCUGCGCUUGGUCUGACCAACCCUAUCUGGUUCUUGUAG